CGUAAAUAACCUUCUUCCCCAAUAUAAUCCCCUCUGCUACUUAUUCCUCUCCUAAAUGCCUCUCUUUACCGAACCGUAGUUUUUGUAGCUCAGGAUCGUUAUUUAUUUACCACUCUGUAAAAGGAUUAUAAGUGUAGAAGAAUAAGAAUGGUGUUUCUCUCCCCACCUGGUUUAGGUGCACGACUAAUUGGUAGUCGUCGUCCCCGUCUCCGUUCACAAAGGCAUUCUCGUAGGUGUGUGAAAGCUGUUGCAAGCCUUGGUAAAUUUAAUUUCACUCCCAAAAAAUUUGGUUCCCGUUUUGAAUUGAAACGAAAAAGGAAGCAAUUGGAGGAAGAGACUUGGGAUUGGGAGAAGAAGAGCAGAGCUGAUUUAUUAUAUGAACGCAAAGGCGGAGCAAUAUCAACAGCAGCCGUUCACACCAUAAGAGAGAUUGAUGGUACGUAUUAUGAUAGAAGGUUGGGACCUGUAAAUGGUCUGAUAGGUUUCUAUGGCAAAACAAUCCCUCCUGGUGUUUGUAUAUGCAAUCUCAGUACCCGAGAAGUUACACCACGGAUUGAAUCAAAAUCAUUUAGUGAAUUGCGUAAAAAAAGCCGUAAACGGUUACAUUUCCCAUUGGCUUCUCUUGCAUUGGGAUAUGAUCCAGCCACUAAAGAACAUAAAGUGGUUGGCAUAUGGAGUUUUGAUCGACCUAAGAAAGUAGUUUGUGAGGUCUUGACUGUAGGAGACAACGAGUGGAGAAAGAUAGAUGAGGUACCCCUGUUUACCCUGGACUAUUGGGCAUUUUCUUCUUCUGUCUAUGUGAAUGGUUCAAUUUAUUAUACCACUCAAAUGCUUAUGGCAUGUGAACCUAGUGCCCAGGAUGAGCCAAAAUUCAUAGUGGCAUUUAAUGUUCGAACUGAGAAGUUUAGAACCAUUAGAGUCCCCAAUGAGAUCUUUGAUCGACCUGCGGCAGGCGAUGACUUUUGCAUAAGUCAUAGUGUUAAGCUGUAUGAAUUGAAUGGACGGGUAGCUUUAUUAGUAAAAUUUCUAAACAGCGGUUUCACCUCCAAGCUGUGGUUAUUUGAUGAUGAUGAUAAUAAGGAUGCUAGUAGUGCUUGGACCGAGAUUCAUAUGGAGCUGCCUUAUACUUUAGGUGGCGUCGACAUGGUUUUUUCCAUCCAGUUUCAAGAGCAGAUCAGACAAUUAUAACCUCCUGUAUUCAAUCAUUUCCAGGUGAGAUGCCUGACGUAACUUGUCAUUCCUACAAUUGGAAAAACAAGAGCUUCAAUGAGAUUCAAAUCACUGGGAUCCCCUCCUCAGUUCCAGGCUUUUCCUGUGAUUCAAGGGUUGCAACUUUUGCUGAGAGUCUAUUGCCUGUUCAGAAGCAGACAACAUCAAGCUCACACAGGAAGUUCAUUACGACUUUUCAGGAAAGGCGUAUCCGUGCAAUAUAGUUCAUAACUGCAUUUUUUGUUCAUGCGGGUGGAAUGCAUUGUCAUUGCAUGAUAAUCUAUGUGGGUGGAGUUUGUUUCAAGCUUUACAUGGGGAUAUUAUUUGUAGGUGUAUUGUUCGAAUGCAUCCUGGGUUGAGUUUAAUUCGGAUGAAUUCAGACGAUGCUAUGGGUUUUAGUGUAAUUAGUAGAUUCUGGCUUGGGGUUUAAAAAGACUUAAUUUUUGUUUAGAUACUGAUUUUUUUUUUCUUCCGAUAGUACUAGAUGAGCUAAUUUGUAGUUACGUUACCUCCUUAGAGUGGGUAUCCAAAGGCUGCAUUCAGUUGGACUUAGUUUAUUAAGAUACGGAAAUAGAGGUACAGCAUUUCAGAUAGCGGAAGUAAAUGGCAUCGAUUUCAUCUGUGGGUUCAUUGGUUGCUCUGUGCAGCUGUGCGACUGACAAGAUGCUUUCAUUUUCUUUAAAAUUGUCGACAAUGCCUUUUGGUGGAAGGAGACAGAAUGUGGUCUUACAAAAAAGAUGUUCACCAAAGAUUAGGGGUAGCCAAGAACCUGUAUAUUAAGAUGGGUCUGCUAGUAAGAAGCUGCAAAACGGUGUUAACAAGCUUGCAAAUAUUGUUGCAGUUACUCUUGGUUCUAAAGGGUAAGAUUGCUCUUUCAGAAAGCAAUAUGGCUCCCCCAAGAUUGCGAAUGGAGUGACUGUGGCCAAGGAGGUCGAGUUGGAAAAUCCAGUUGAAAACACCGGUGCUAAGUUGGUGUGACAAGCUGCUGCAAAGACCAGUGACUUGGCAUGGAAUGGUACCCCCACAUCUGAUUGCUGAAGGAGUCAAGUUUUGUACAACAUGCUAAUCAAAGAGAUGCAGCUUCCAUGUCUGCUACUAUCUUGGAGAUGAUUUAUAGGUUAUAGCCGCUGGUGCUAACCCUGUUCCAAUUACACACUGUGUUGCGAAGACAAGAAAAGCUUUGAUUUCGGAGCUUAAACUAAUGUCAAAUGAGGUUGAGGACAGUUAGCAUGCAGAUGUGGCUGCUGUUAGUGCAGGAAAUAACUACGAAGCCGGAAAUAUGAUUGAUGUGGAACAGCCUCCAGGGCCGGCCCUGACAUAAAGUGGCUGGGGCAUCUUUUUUUAUUUGUAUUUUGUUAAGAUAAAUUGGAUUAAUGAUAUAAGUUUUUAACAAAAAGGUCAAAACCUUUUUAGGGGUGUAUUCAA